GUGGCUCAGGUCUACCGGUACCGCCGUCAGAUCGGUGUCAAUCUCGGCUGUGUAUUCAUACUCGAGCGCUGGCUGUGCCCCCUUAAGCUGUGCCAACAGGUACCGGCCGCAAAGGGCUGGGAAUCAGAACACGAUUUCUUGAAAUCAUGCUCUUCCCCACAAGAGGCUAGGAGAAUCCUAGAGGACCACUGGGAGACCUAUGUCACUCAAGAUGACAUGGCCAUUUUAGCCUCCAAAGGAAUCAACACAAUUAGACUUCCAAUCGGCUAUUGGAUCGUACAACGCUCGCUUUUGGUCCCACCGUUCGCAUCAUUUGAAGGUGUCUAUGACUCUGCCUGGAAUUGGUUCUUACGUACAAUUCACAUGGCUGCCCAAUACGGUAUUGGCGUCUUGGUUGAUCUACAUGGAGCACCAGGUGGUCAAAAUUCAGAUACACACUGUGGGGUAUCGACCGGGCGGGCCGAGUUUUUCACCAACCCCCACUAUCAGGAGGUUACCCUAGAGGUGCUCUGUACACUUGCCCAUACGCUGGUAAAGAUCAACAACGUUGUCGGUCUGGAACUCCUGAAUGAACCGACUGACCACCCGAGUCUUGAGCAGUUUUAUGAAAGGGCAUUGACUAAGCUUAGCUAUCCAGACACAAUCGGAUUACCAUUGUACAUAUCUGAUUGCUGGAAUCCAGAUGGUAAGUAUACUCAAUGGUUACAGUCCCGCCUGCAACUUAUUGUCAUGGAUACACACCAGUACUUUUGUCACACCCCCAGAGACCACGCCAGAUCAGCUCUUCAGCACACACAGGAUCUAAAAACACUGGUCAGAGAUCGCGUCGGGCGAGCCAGGGAUCAGUUGGCCGGGUGUCUGGUGGUCGGUGAGUGGUCUGUUGUUCUGAACCACCAGUCGAUUCCUGCCCACGAAAACGAUGCCAAUGUGAUGCGUGAUUUUGGAAAAGCCGAACUACAGGUGUGGGACCAAGUCAGUGCAGGAAAUUUCUACUGG